GACUCCAACACAAACCAUUAAGCGAUCAAAUAACUAAAUUAAAACAAAUUCUUGAGAGAUUCUUGGAACAAUUCACAAGAAAAAUAUGAAACCUAGAAUGUGUUUAAUGUUGUUUAUAGCUUUAAUGGCAGUGAUGUCAACAGUUUCUGCUCAGUCAAGCUGCACAAAUGUCCUAAUCAGCAUGGCGCCGUGUCUCGGCUAUAUCACUCAAAACACUUCUACUCCGUCUCAACAAUGUUGUAGCCAGUUGGCUCAUGUUGUUCGAUAUUCUUCUGAGUGUUUGUGUGAAGUUCUCGAUGGUGGAGGUUCUCAGCUUGGGAUCAAUGUUAAUGAGACACAAGCUCUUGCUUUGCCUAAAGCUUGUCAUGUCGAAACUCCUCCAGCUAGUCGUUGCAAUAGUGGUUCUUCGGUUAAUUCGCAUACAGGAUCAUCAAAUACUUCAGAACAUGGAAACGAAUCAAAAACAGUCCCAGGAGAAAAGUCAUCAUCUAAUGGUCAAAUAAUGGUAGAAGGGACCCUUGAACAAGACCACCAUUGUCUCCACUUCCACAAAACACAAUCUCAUGUCUCUUAGAACAUGGAGCCAAUUAUUGCAACUCCUUGCCCUCCCAUAGUUUUGUUUAAUUAUGUCAAAACUUUAUUCAUUUACAAAAACAACAUUGGUAUCCUGCAAUAAAUAUUGUCAUCAACGUGGACUUAACACAUCUAAAAACAUAUCAUAUCAAAAGUCACAACCUACUAUUUAUUUGGUCUUGAAUCAUAUGAUUCAUAUUGUUUUAAUUUCAAAAUUCUG